AUGUCUGAUCCGAAGAACUACACGGUGGGCUGGAUAUGCGCCAUCAACACUGAAUAUGUCGCCGCUCAAGCCUUCCUCGACGAAAAGCACGAGGGUCCGGAGUAUUUGUCGCCUCAGAACAAAAACGACUACACCUUGGGCAGAAUCGGUAAACAUAAUAUAGUGAUAUCAGUCCUACCCAUGGGAGAAUACGGCACGUCUUCAGCAGCACGGGUCGCAGAAGACAUGAUGCAUAGCUUCCCGAACAUUCGAAUCGGUUUAAUGGUCGGUAUCGGGGGGGGAGCCCCAAGUCUAAAAAACGAUAUUCGCCUUGGCGAUAUUGUGGUCAGCAUUCCUUCCAACGGUCAAAGUGGCGUGAUUCAGUACGACUUCGGCAAAACGAUCCAAGGCCAAAGCUUCCAGCCCACUGGCUUCCUUGAUCAGCCACCUACCGUCCUCCGUGCUGCAGUUAAUGGACUACGAGCGCAAUAUGAAUUAGAUGGCCAUCGACUUGAAGAGGCAGUCAAUGAGGCCCUUGAGAGAAAACCAAGGCUGCGGAAAAGAUAUAUGCGGCCAGAUAUUGAGAGCGAUCGGCUGUACCGAAGUCACGUCAUCCACCCACCAGGAAAUGAAACAACUUGCGCUGUAGAUUGCGGUGACGAACCAACCAGAUUAGUCUUUCGAAACCCACGCUCUCAGGAUGAAGACAACCCGGCCAUACACUACGGCUUGAUCGCGUCAGCUAAUCAGCUAAUGAAGGAUGCUCUGAUCCGCAACAGAGUAGUCGCAGAAAAGGGUGUUUUAUGCUUUGAAAUGGAAGCGGCCGGGUUAAUGAAUCAUUUUCCAUGUCUUGUGAUCCGUGGGAUCUGCGACUACUCCGAUUCCCACAAGAGCAAAGAAUGGCAAGGGUAUGCAGCAAUGGUCGCGGCAGCAUAUGCUAAGGAUCUCCUAUGUCGAAUUAUCCCUCAACAGGUGGAGAGAGAAGAGCGAAUUUCGGAUAUUCUAGGGCCACGCAUUGACCAUGUGGCUGAGACAGCAGACCGCAUCGACCGGAACUUCUUUCUUGAUAGAUUACCAUUUGCGCAGGGCGCUGAGUUUGACUCUUUCAGAGCUCGACAUGAAGAUGAAUGUCUUCCUGGCACGAGGACCGAUAUUCUCGAUCAGAUUAGAGAAUGGGCUUUUUCUCCGCAGGGAAAGUGUAUCUUUUGGUUGAAUGGAAUGGCUGGAACAGGGAAAUCGACUAUCUCUCGCACGGCAGCAAAAUCUUUUAGCCAAGACAAGUCACUAGGAGCAAGCUUUUUCUUCAAGAAGGGCGAAGGGGACCGAGGGAAUGCCAUGAAGCUCUUUCCGACAAUCGCAAGGCAAUUAGCGCUUUGCAUUCCCCAGCUGAUCAGUGGUGUCCAGAAAGCAGUCCACGACGAUCCAGGCAUCGCGAUGAAGGGCAUAAAGGAGCAGUUUGAUAAACUGAUCCUUCAACCACUCCUACACCUAAAAGAAUCCAAUGCCCCAAUCUGGACCGUGGUAGUAAUGAUUGACGCAUUGGAUGAAUGUGACGAAGACAAGGACAUACGGCUCAUACUCCAACUUCUACCACAGCUCCAGAAAUCAAAGGCUGUACGUCUGCGACUCUUUUUGACUAGCAGGCCCGAAACACCAAUCCGUCUAGGAUUCAAAAAUAUUGCAGAUCACGACUACAAAGACCUUAUUCUCCAUGAGAUCCGUAAGGAAGCGAUAGAGCAUGAUAUAUCUCUUUUCUUGAAUCAUCGACUGUCAGAAGUCAGGACAGAUCGAGAGUCUCCCUUGCCUAUCGACUGGCCUGGAAGCACGAAUCUUCAGAAGCUAGUGGCAUUGUCUAUUCCGUUGUUUAUCUUCGCCGCCACUAUAUGCCGUAUACUUGAGGACCCUUAUUGGGACCCAGUCGACAGUCUCGCUAAGAUUCUCACAUAUCGAAAUAAUGGAUCUAAGCUAGAUGGAACAUACCUUCCUGUUCUUGAUCGACUUCUCAAUACACAAAGCGAAGAACAGAAAUUGCAACUAGUCCAAGAAUUUCAUCACGUGGUUGGUACAAUCGUGAUCUUAGAGAACCCACUCUCAGUUAUCUCACUCUCGAGACUUCUGGGUUGUUCCCAAGAACUUGUUCGUCUUCGGUUGAAGCCACUCCACUCGGUCCUGAGUGUUCCAAGCGAUGAUAUCUUGCCAGUGCGGCUUUUCCAUCUUUCAUUUCGAGACUUUCUCCUAGAUCCGGAAACGCGGAAAAAGACUCCACUGUGGGUGGACGAAAAAGAAAUACAUCGGAGAUUAGCCAAACAAUGUCUUCGUGUGUGCGAAAAUUUGAGGCGGAACGUAUGUGGGCUACCAAGCGACGGAACCGAACGUGCAAACGUUGAUCGCCAGAUUAUCGACCACUGCCUUCCCCCAGAAUUGCAGUACGCCUGUCGAUACUGGGCUCAUCACCUAGUGCAACGCACAGAGUUGGAAAUUUUCAUACAUGAUGCCUUUUUUUUCCUCCAAAAGCAUUUCCUACACUGGGUGGAAGCAAUGAGCCUAUUAGGUCUCAUAUCGGAAGUGGUGGCGAUUCUUGAUCUCCUCCAGGCAGCUACAACCUUACCACAAGUUGAUGAAAGAUGGAGCGCAGAAUUACAGAGUCUCGAAGGCCAUUCAGAUUGGGUUGGGUCGGUGGCCUUCUCACCCGACGGCCGGCUACUGGCGUCUGCCUCCGAAGAUAACACCGUGCGGCUCUGGGACCCGGCGACGGGCGUGCUGCACCAGGUUCUCGAGGGCCAUUCGAGUUCGGUUCGGUCGGUGGCCUUCUCGCCCGACGGCCGGCUACUGGCGUCUGGCUCCCUUGAUAAGACCGUGCGGCUCUGGGAUCCGGCGACGGGCGCGCUGCACCAGGUUCUCGAGGGCCAUGCAGGUUGGGUUGAGUCGGUGGCCUUCUCGCCCGACGGCCGGCUACUGGCGUCUGGCUCCCUUGAUACCACGGUGCGACUCUGGGACCCAGUGACGGGCGCGUUGCACCAGGUUCUCGAGGGCCAUUCGAGUUGGGUUCGGUCGGUGGCCUUCUCACCCGACGGCCGGCUACUGGCGUCUGGCUCCCUUGAUAACACUGUGCGGCUCUGGGACCCGGCGACGGGCGCGCUGCACCAGGCUCUCGAGGGCCAUUCGAGUUCGGUUGAGUCGGUGGCCUUCUCACCCGACGGCCGGCUACUAGCGUCUGGCUCCCUUGAUAUGACCGUGCGACUCUGGGACCCAGUGACGGGCGCGCUGCACCAGGCUCCCUGGAGUCUCGAAGGAUUUAUUACUACCCUUACAUUCUCAUCGGAUGGUUCAUACUUAAAGACAAACUUCGGCUCCCUCGACGUUCAGUCUAGGUGUGACAAUCAUACUUCUGGUCCACCUCGUGUUCUGGAAAUCUUCAUCGAGCAAGGGGAGUGGAUAACAUUAAACCGCGAAAAGGUUCUAUGGCUUCCUGCAGAGUCUCGGGCUAGGUGUUCCGCCACUAAUGGUAAUAUUCUUGCCCUAGGACACGCAUCAGGGCGAGUUUCCUUCAUAGAAUUUCGUGUCUAA